AGUCAUGUCAGGGGGUUGAAGGCUCUGAUUCAUGCUGCGCUGGUCCUGAGGCUGGAGCCAGUGCCGGUGUGGACAGAGUGGCUCCCGGCUGUGGUUUCAGUUCUCAUAUUUCUUGGGGGUGCUGGUUGCCAUGGCACCUCUUCUCCCCUGUUGAACCAUAGGAAGUCGACCACUUGCCAGCGCUGUGCUUCUUGCUUAUUGUAUUUUGAGCAAGGCCUGAGACAUUGUCUGAAGAAAGCAGAAAAUCUCUUGUCAAACAUGGCUUCAGAAAUCACUUAUGCUGAAGUGAAGUUCAACAAUGGAACCGUGGCCUCAGGCAUCCAUCCAGGCUCCGCUGCAGCGCCCAGACAGACGACGACUCCUCGCAAAAGUAACCCUGGUUUUCCCAAGUUCCUUGCUGCCUCUUUGCUGGCGCUGCUCCUGCUGUUGGCAAUCUCGUUCCUCGUCGCGUUUAUUAUUUUCUUUCAAAAAUAUUCUCAGCUUCUUGAAGGAAAAAAGACUUUACAGGAACUAAAUCACACGGCGUUGGAGUGUCUGAAAAAGAAUGUUAAAGAGAAAGCCUGGAGCUGCUGCCCAAAGAACUGGAAGCCAUUUACUUCCAGCUGCUAUCUGAUUUCCUCGGACUCCAGAUCUUGGAAUGAGAGUCAGAGCUACUGCUCUGCCAUGGCCGCCCACCUGCUGGUGAUCAACAGCAAGGAGGAGGAGGAUUUCAUCAUCACAAAUCUGCAAAAUUAUCUGGGUUACUAUGUGGGACUGUCAGAUCCAGAGGGUUGGAGACGUUGGCAGUGGAUUGAUGAGACACCAUAUGAUGAAAACGUCACAUUCUGGCAUAAGGGCGAACCCAACGACCGGAACGAACGUUGCGUUAUGUUAAAUUUUCGUUAUCUUCUAAAUGCAUGGGGCUGGAAUGAUGUCCAGUGUGCUCAGAGUCAAAUGUCAAUUUGUGAGAUGGAGGAGAUCUACUUAUGAACUAACGUUGUCCAUGGAUGUGUGGUUGGAUUCACACUCGGCAUGACAGAGCCAGCUGUGCUUACUUAUGUGUAAGGAAUGUUUAUCAUGUUUUAUGCACUUGGUCAGUUA